AUGGAUUGGAUCUCAUCGGGAGUCCUUUUAGCAACUCGAAGCAUGCAAGCAGAGUUGUCAGACAGCGUGGGAGCGAUUCUGUCGCGCGCAGUUUCUACAAUGAAUGAGUUUGAUCCCGCAGAAGUACCAACCGAUAUUACUCCAGACAAUAUCUACGAAAAUGUCGAAGCUCAGUUACUUUGCUUUAUUUAUGAACGUGAGUACGCCGUUUGGCUAGAUGAAUUUCCAGGGAAAGGCACACUCUAUAUUACUACAAAGAUGUUGGUGUGGAUCAAAGAAGACAAAACAGGCGGUUUUCAAUUUCAAAUUAGUGAUAUGGGCUAUGUAAGGAGUAACAUCGCGAAAGAAAUUUUCAUCAAGAGAAUUAAAAACAUCGAAUAUGCAGUAAUGUUUUUAUUUGAAAAUGACAAAAUCUGCGACUCCGUUCGCAAAAAAAUUGAAAAUGCUGGCAUAAAUGUAGACCGUAAGUAG